GCGAUCCGCACUCAGCCUGAGGGUCAGUGUGCACGCAGUGAGCCCACGGAUCGCCACGCAACCCUUACACUCUCCAUCAUGGGACUCACGAGCGACCCGAGCUUCCAGAAGCUGGAUCAAUGGAGCAAAUCCAACGCCGGGACUCUCAACAUGCGACACAUGUUCGAAAGUGACAAAGACAGAUUCAGUAAAUUCAGUAUUACACUGAAAACGGAGGAUGGAGACAUUCUACUUGACUAUUCCAAGAAUCUCAUCAAUGAAGAAGUCAUGAAGAUGUUGGUGGAUUUGGCAAAAUCGAGGGGAGUGGAGGCUGGCAGGGAGAGGAUGUUCACUGGAGAGAAGAUCAACUUCACUGAGGGUCGUGCAGUUCUCCAUGUGGCACUGAGGAACCGCUCCAACACCCCCAUCAUGGUUGGCGGCAAGGACGUCAUGCCUGAGGUCAACAAGGUCCUUGAGAAGAUGAAGGGCUUCUGUCAUAAAGUGCGUAGUGGAGAGUGGAAGGGUUACACUGGGAAGUCUAUCACUGAUGUCGUCAAUAUUGGCAUUGGCGGCUCUGACCUGGGUCCACUGAUGGUCACUGAAGCUCUAAAGCCCUACUCCAAAGGUGGACCUCGUGUCUGGUUUGUCUCCAACAUUGACGGAACGCACAUUGCAAAGACCCUGGCUGAGCUGAACGCUGAGACCACGCUCUUCAUUAUAGCCUCAAAGACAUUCACCACUCAGGAAACCAUCACCAAUGCCGAAUCAGCCAAGGAGUGGUUUCUAAGCACCGCUAAGGAUAAAUCUGCUGUGGCCAAACACUUUGUGGCACUUUCCACGAAUGCGCCCAAAGUGAAGGACUUCGGGAUCGACACUGAAAACAUGUUUGAGUUCUGGGACUGGGUUGGUGGACGUUACUCCUUGUGGUCAGCGAUUGGGUUGUCCAUUGCGCUGCACAUAGGCUUUGAGAACUUUGAGAAAUUGCUCAGCGGAGCUCACUGGAUGGACAACCACUUCCGCACUGCUCCCCUGGAGAGAAAUGCACCUGUGAUUCUGUCUCUGCUGGGGAUCUGGUACAUCAACUUCUUCCACAUGGAGACACAUGCUCUGCUGCCCUAUGACCAGUACAUGCACCGCUUCGCCGCCUACUUCCAGCAGGGGGAUAUGGAGUCUAAUGGGAAAUACGUCACCAAAGAGGGCACCCGUGUGAACUACCACACCGGGCCCAUUGUUUGGGGUGAGCCAGGAACCAACGGACAGCACGCCUUCUAUCAGCUCAUCCACCAGGGAACACGCAUGGUUCCUGCUGAUUUCCUCAUUCCCGCACAGACGCAGCAUCCCAUCAGGGACAAUUUGCACCACAAGAUCCUGAUGGCAAACUUCCUGGCACAGACCGAGGCGCUGAUGAAGGGCAAGACCACAGAGGAAGCGAGAAAGGAACUGGAGGCCAGUGGCCUGAGUGGAGAAGCUCUGGAAAAGCUGCUUCCACACAAAGUAUUUCAAGGAAACAAACCAACCAAUUCCAUUGUCUUCAGGAAGCUCACCCCGUACAUUCUUGGAAUUCUCAUAGCCAUGUAUGAGCACAAGAUCUUCGUACAAGGGUUCAUGUGGCAGAUCAAUAGUUUUGACCAGUGGGGAGUUGAGUUGGGGAAACAGCUGGCCAAGAAGAUCGAGGCGGAGCUGAAGGAUGCUGCAGAGGUCACCUCACACGACUCGUCCACCAACGGCCUCAUUAAUUUCAUCAAGAAGAACUUCGCCUGAGGUUCUGAACUCUCUGCACCCAUCCGCACCUUCAAACCAGAGGGAAGUUGGUGACGGAGUUGUUUAACAGUCUUGGCCACCACCAGCUUUGCACAUGUCUUAAUAUUGCAUCUGAAUGAAACCUGUGUGACUGGAAUGACUGGAAGAUAUCACCCUAUGCAACUCUGUCACUGUGACAUAUAAAUGUCCGUCUCUCAUUUCA